AUGGUCAAGCCGUCAUCGUUCUCGCCCUCGGCGCUAGAGCUGACAGACAAGGGGGAGGGCACGAGCAAGGCAUCUUCUCCAACCAAGCGAACGGUGCAAAGCACGCUGUUCAACGUCAAGUUUGGAGCGCAUCGCACCCGGUUGCCGCCCGUCAAGGCGGAAGCAAGUCCGACAAAACGUACACGGUCGCAGUACAGCUUAAAGGAAGACGAAGCGAAGGAUGAGACCGAGGAGCAAAGUAAACGAUCAAAGCCUGCUUCGUCUGCAGCACUCACGACAUCAUCAGCAACGCCCAAGUACCACCAUCGCGGACCGUUCCACCAGGUCACGAGGCCCGAAUUCUGCUCCGCGUAUCAGGUGGAUGGUCUUCCCGACGCCGAGAUCUAUUAUAAGCCCGACUUUAUCUCCGCGCAUCUGGCGGAAGAAUGGCGGGCCGAGCUCGACCGAUUGUCAGAAUGGUACAGGCCGAAACUCAAAGUGUACGGCCGCGAGAUUACGCAGAGCCGCGACAUUGCGGCGUAUUCGACAGCACCCGGUCUGCACCUCAAAUACAGCGGACAUCCAGUUGAGCUUCAUGCUCCGUUUCCACCGCUGCUCAACCACAUCGCCUCGCUCAUCUCGUCCGACGACUGUCUCGGCUCCGAGGUGCGCUUCAACCACUGCAUGCUCAACCGGUACGAAGACGGCAGCAUCUACAUUGGCAGACACUCGGACAACAUCGAGAACAAGGUCAUCGUCACUGUUUCCCUCGGCGCCGAUAGGAGCUGGAUCAUGGAACGAAAGCAGCCUCGGAAGGGUUCAUCUCAACCGUCAAGCGAGAAGGUGAAGAAACGAUGGAUGCUUGCCGGUGGCAGCCUGCUCGUUAUGCAGGGCCAAACGCAAAAGUUCUACACCCAUGAAAUCCCCAAGGAGCUCAAGAUCAAGACACCAAGGAUUAGCAUCACUUUCCGUCAGCUCGUUUACGACCAGUGA